CUCCGGUUUAAUCCGGUUUACAAUUCGGUUUCCGUUUCUUCUCCAACUAAAGCAAGCUAUAAAAAUGGCGAAUAUAACCAUCACGAAGCUUUCUCUCCUCUCUUCUUCUUCUUCUUCUUCUUCUUCUUCUUCUUCUUCGUCUCUGCAUUUAAUGUUGGUUUGAAUACGACGCUUCGUCUUCAACUUUCUCCAAGCUACGUUCCGAGGAAAGCUUUAUACGUAUAUAUUACAGAGGUUUAUACGUUAAUACAAAUGCCAGCUUUAGGUGAGAUACUUUUGGUUCCAGAAACUGAUAAAGGAAAGAGUGAAGACGUUGUUGAGGUUUCAGAGGAUGAGAAGAUCACAAGAACUCGUUCUAGAUCUUUGAAGAAGAAAGCAAUCAAAGCUUCGAGUAAAUUGACACAUAGUUUAAGGAAAAGAGGGAAGCGUGUUGCUGAUCAGUAUGCACCUAUUGUGAUUGAGGAUGUGAGGGAUGAAGAAGAGGAGAAAGCAGUUAAUGUGUUUAGAAUAGCUUUGGUUUCUCUUGAUUUGCUUCCAUCUCGUCACGAUGAUUAUCAUACAAUGUUGAGAUUCUUGAAGGCGAGGAGAUUUGAUAUUGAUAAAGCUGUUCAGAUGUGGGAAGAAAUGCUAAAGUGGAGGAAAGAGAAUGGAGUUGAUACUAUAAUGCAGGAUUUUGUUUAUGAUGAGUACGAAGAAGUACAACAGUACUAUCCACAUGGUUACCAUGGUGUAGAUAGAGAUGGCCGGCCUGUCUACAUUGAACGGCUUGGUAAAAUUGACCCCGGAAAGCUAAUGAAGGUUACCACAUUGGAGCGUUUCUUGAGAUAUCAUGUACAGGGUUUUGAAAAGACUUUUUCUGAGAAGUUUCCAGCCUGCUCGAUCGCAGCAAAGAGGCACAUAAAUUCUUCGACAACCAUAAUAGAUGUGCAUGGAGUGAGCUGGAUGAGCUUUAGAAAAUUAGCUCAGGACCUUGUAAUGCGAAUGCAGAAAAUUGAUGGUGACAACUAUCCUGAGACAUUGAAUCAGAUGUACAUUAUUAAUGCUGGAAGCGGAUUCAAGCUUAUAUGGAACACAGUGAAAGGCUUUCUCGACCCUAAAACUACUUCUAAGAUACAUGUUUUGGGAAACAAAUUUCGCAGUCACCUUCUUGAGAUUAUAGAUCCAAGUGAGCUUCCCGAGUUUCUGGGAGGAAGUUGUUUGUGUGUAAAUGAGGGUGGGUGUAUGCGAUUCAACAAGGGGCCUUGGAAUGACCCGGAGAUAAUGAAAUUGGUGCGUUCGAGAGAUGCAAUGUACAAAACAAAAGAACAAGGGCUCUUGGAGAAUGGAGAAGUAGCUAAAUUAUUUGCUUUGCGGCAGCAUUUAAACACAGAAAUAUCGUCACCUGAUAGAGGUCAAGCUAGGGAGAGAGAAUCGCAUUCUGAACAUGACAAACGUGCUCAGUUGAGCAAUCAAGCUGAAGCAGUUGGUGUUGGGAGAAUGGAACAGUCUGAUUCAACAGAUCAAUUACCCAGUAAUCUGACAGUAGAAAGUAACUCUCUUCAGAAGGUUGCAAACUUAAGUUAG